ACCAUUGUACCCGGCUCCUCCCUGUGAGACGGUGUGGGGGUGAGGUCCACCUCCACGGAGGCACACAACCUCUCACACCUCUCCCCCCUCCUGCUGCUCCAACCCUAUAAAAAAACAGAGCUGGCUCUCCUGUUCCCCAGUCUCAUAACGACCAAUCACCCACCAGACCUCCAUCAUGAAAUUCCUGGCUCUCGCACUAACCAUCCUGCUGGCCGCAGGUACCCAGGCUUUUCCUAUGCAGGCUGAUGCUCCCUCUCAGCUGGAGCAUGUGAAGGCAGCCUUGAGCAUGUACAUAGCUCAGGUGAAGUUGACCGCACAGAGGUCCAUUGACCUUCUGGAUGACACAGAGUACAAAGAGUACAAGAUGCAGCUGACCCAGAGCCUUGACAACCUCCAGCAGUAUGCUGAUGCCACCUCCCAGUCCCUGGCCCCCUACAGCGAAGCCUUCGGCACCCAGUUGACUGACGCCACCGCCGCCGUGCGCACUGAGGUCAUGAAGGACGUGGAGGAGCUGCGCUCCCAGCUGGAGCCCAAGCGCGCCGAACUCAAGGAAGUCCUGGACAAGCACAUAGAUGAGUACCGCAAGAAGCUGGAGCCCCUGAUCAAGGAGCACAUCGAACUGCGCCGCACCGAGAUGGAGGCCUUCAGGGCCAAGAUGGAGCCCGUUGUGGAGGAGUUGCGCGCCAAGGUGGCCAUCAACGUGGAGGAGACCAAGACCAAGCUCAUGCCCAUUGUGGAGAUUGUCCGUGCCAAGCUGACCGAGCGUCUGGAGGAGCUGAGGACCCUGGCCGCCCCCUACGCUGAGGAGUACAAGGAGCAGAUGAUCAAGGCUGUUGGAGAGGUGCGUGAGAAGGUGUCUCCCCUGUCUGAGGACUUCAAGGGCCAGGUGGGCCCCGCAGCCGAACAGGCCAAGCAAAAGCUCCUGGCUUUCUACGAGACCAUCAGCCAGGCCAUGAAGGCAUAAACACGCUCUCAGCCAGACCCUCCCUUCCCGUCUCACUCACACUGACUCACACACCAUACGUACCACGCCAAUGCCAAACUGAUGCACUUCCUCUGCAGCGGCAUGGCAGGACUCUUGCUCUCUCUAACGCACCACCAUAUGCGCUCAAGCACACGCAAGCGCAGACACUAACGCACUAUUGCAUACAUUCAGUUUUGAGUUGUGUUCAGGGCCUGUGUGCACAAUCCUGGGCCUGCAUAAUGUUGACUGUACUAUGAACAUCAAGUGUGAAUAUUCUAGUGUUGCUGCUUGUUCAAGAUAGCUGUGUGCUUCAAAACAGCUCAAUAAACAUCAUACUGUUUCAUACUA